CGAGGGGAUCCUUAUGCACAACCACAUGAAAUGAACAAAGCUCCACAGCCCACAGGAGGAGCCCCGACAGCCCCGCACCCUGCCCCUUCUCCUGGACUUCCACAGUCGACAUUUCCACCUGGUCAGACGGCACCUGUGGUUUUUAACCCGGCACCGACCUCACAAAUGAAUACGCCUUCUCAGCCGCGACAGUUUCCAGCAGGGCCUCGUGCUAUUCACCAGCAGGGAGGAUUCAGGUCUCUUCAGCACUUCUACCAGAAUAGGGCCCAACCUCCCACGAGCGCGUCCCGCGUGCAGAGUAACACGACGGCCCGGCCCGGCCCGCCUGCCCAUGUGUAUCCAGCUGCUUCCCAGGUGAUGAUGAUACCCUCCCAGAUAUCCUACACACCUUCCCAAGGAGCGUAUUACAUUCCCGGACAGGGUCGCUCCACGUACGUUGUCCCAACCCAGCAGUACCCAGUGCAGCCUGGUGCCCCUGGUUUUUACCCUGGAGCUAGCCCUACAGAGUUUGGGACUUACGGUACAUACUGGGGGAACUUCUUUGCUCGCCGUUGGUUUUCCGUCCGCAGCGUUUUGCCCCUUUUGCUCCCCUGAUUUUGGGCUUCCUGCAGUCCUUGCGGAUUCAGGGGCUGAGCACAGACAUCUCUCUUCACUGGGCUGGGGGGGGGUGCGUUUUCAUGACUUAUGACACCAUUAUAGGCUGUUUUGGGGGACAGGAGGUGUUCUGCAUCUCAUUGCAGCACUGAAGUGCGCUGUGUAGUGAAUCAUGUCCCACCUGUCCAUCUACCCCCUUUCCCAAAUCUGUGCUGUUUAAUGUUUAACUGUCCUGGCAGAGAGGCAGGGCAGACUUUAUCCCCUGCUCCCCCUCC